AUGGAUUCUCUACCCACUCGACGUUUAGGCCGCGAUGGCCCUUUGGUAACUGCCAUCGGAUAUGGUGCUAUGGGUCUUUCGACGAUGUACCAUCCUCGACCUACGGAUACUGAAAAGUUGGGUGUUCUGGAUGCAGUAUUUGACAAGGGUAUCCGUCAUUGGGACACGGCAGACUGCUAUGAGGAUAACGAAGCCCUUCUCGGUCGAUGGUUCCGGCGCACUGGCAAAAGAGACAAAAUUUUUCUCGCGUCCAAAUUUGCCGUAACUCCGACAGGGGAGGUACGCAAUGACGCCGAGUACGUGCGUGAAGCGUGCGAUCGAAGUCUUCAGGCCCUCGGCGUUGAUCAUAUAGAUCUCUACUACUGUCACCGGAUGGACAGGGUAACUCCUAUCGAGGAAACGGUGCGAGCCAUGGCACAACUAAAGGCUGAAGGGAAAAUUAAGUAUCUCGGAUUGUCUGAGUGCUCAGCACAAACAUUGCAAAGGGCGAACGCUGUCCACCACAUCUCCGCAGUCCAAGUCGAAUAUAGCCCCUUUAGCCUAGACAUCGAAGACCCGAAUAUCAACCUGCUAUCCACCUGCCGGAAACUUGGUGUGGCAGUAGUAGCGUAUUCGCCUUUGGGACGAGGCUUCCUUGGUGGCCAAUUGCGAUCCCCGAAUGAUUUGCAUCCAGAUGAUGUCCGACGAGGACUACCUCGGUUUUCUGAGAACAAUUUCCUCAAGAAUUUGAAAUUGGUUGACUUCCUCCAUGAUAUGGCCGCGCGACGUGGAGUGUCUGUAAGCACUCUUGUGCUUGCGUGGCUUCUUCAUCAGGGAGAGGAUAUAUUGCCCAUACCGGGGAGUACAAACCCGGAAAAUAUCUCCCUCAACGCCCAGGCUGCCAACAUAAGUUUAACAGAUGAUGAAGUCGCCGAAAUACGGGCUGUUGUGGAUGAUACCACAACUUCUGGUGGUCGUUAUCCCGAAGGGGGUAUGGCUUUGUUGGCAGACACUCCACCGCUGAAGGGCCUAUCAGCAUAG